CGAGCCCCUUGUGUUCCCCGGUUGCCCUCUGCCUGCUGGGGCUGCUCAUCAGGGAGAAGCCACGCUGGGAGCUUCAUGCCAUGGCAUUCCUUGUGGAGGUCCUGGACUGCCUAGACAUGGCUGACUGCAGUGAAAGCAUCCUGGAGAUCCUUUCAAGGCACCUACAGAGCGAAUGCAAAGAGAGACGUCGCCUGGUGCUGAGAGGCCUCGUGGUGCUGAGCAAGGAUUCCAUGAUGGCCAAAAGAAUGUGCAGCCUCUCUGAAAGCUUUGUGGAGCUACUGCAGGAUGUGGAUGUAGAGGUGGUCGGGAUGGCCUUGCCGAUGUUCAUGAAUAUGCUGCAGAACAAAGACAUCCUAAUCUCCAGGCCCACUGCCCCGAAGCUGGCUGAGGCGCUCCAGCCACUCUUUGACAGCGACAACAGCCAUGUGCAGGUCCUCUCCAUUCGCCUCUUCCGAAAGGUGAUGGAGUUGGUAGUGGCUGAGGGAAAGAAGCCCCUGGAGAGAUAUGUGAGCCAGAGCCUGUUCCCACUCUUUUUGCACUGGCAUGAGGAGAAACAGGGACUGGCAGAGGCCUCUCAGGAAGCUCUGCUUAGUGCAGCCAAGUUUCUGAAGAGGAGGGAUCUCAAUCAGCUGCUGAAGACAGAGCAGCCAUUGAAAUUUAGCGAGCGCCUGCUGGAAAAGUGGCCGAGUACCUGCACCAGGCCCUGUGGUACCUGGAGAGCCCACAGGAGCCCCUGCGAGAGGCGGCCCUCAAGUUCAUUGGGAUGGCCGGGAGGUACCUGCGGGGACAGCCUGAAGAGCUGCAGGACAUCAUCGUGAGGGCACUCUUCAGGGUCUGAGCAAUGACACCAGCCCCACCAUCUAAAGCCUGGCGCUUCAGAGCUGCUCUGUGAUCGAAGCUGUUCAGAGAGCUGCAUCCCCCCCAGCUGCAGCAGCUGCCAGACUGGCUGUGUGGGGCCUGCCAGAGCUGUCCUGCUCUGCGGGGCAGUUUCUGGCUGUGCUGCCAAAGCUCUGGGGAGGCUUGAUGUGGGAAGCGGUGUCUGCUGGGGCCAUGUGAGCCUGCGAGGAAGACCCCUGCUGUGGAAGCACUUCCCUCUAGUCCAGCAUAGGAAUAUAAAAUUCCUCUUGCUACACA